AUGCCUCUCUCUCCAUUCGCCCUCUCUGCCCACAAGCUCCCUCUCUUCGGAUCUUCACUCUCAGCCUGGUUGACCACUCUACGAGCCACUCAACCAUCCUUAUACGAACACGCCCGACAACACGUGGAGAAUAUCAAUCCUGAUUGGUUUAAUGAGAGAUCGGGAGAACGGAUGAGAAAGAGUAAGGCGCGAUCACGUGUUAGAGCUAAUAGAAAUGUUGGUAUGGAUAAGCGGAAGAGGGUGAUAAGAUGUCGUAAAGACGGGAAUAUAAAGAAUCGUUCUCCAAAAGUCGACAGACUGCGGAUAGUUGGCGUUGGGAAGAAGGAGAAUGGAAGAAAGAGAGCGAACAGUGGUUGCAAGGAAAAUGAAGAUGUUGGUAAGGAGAAAGAGAGAGAUGGUGAGAAAAAGUAA